CUCUCUUAUAUAUAUAUAAAUAAGUACACAAGGACAUUUUCCAGUGAAUUGAUUGGCUUUAUCUCAUGUCGCUUGUUUACUGGUUUAAAGAGAGGGAUAGAUGAGAAUAGGGGUUAUCUUCAAAGCUAUGAGGGGUACGUGGUCAGUCAUCAUCCCCCCCCCAACCCAGGAUCCAUCAUUUGAGUGCACUAAUGAACAUGCAUGUUCAGCACAGAGGAACAAAUGCAAUAUGAUCAAUUCACACCUACGCUUCCAAUUCAUGUAACCGACUUCUAUAUUAGCAGCGGUCAUAUGCGACAGGUGGAAGAGAUCUAUCGUAUCUCACGGUUGAAACAUGGAACAGCGAACAAUGGCAAACGGUGUGGUCAACUUUACUAUAACGGUGUUUUGUGUCCUAGGACUAAGCCUCGUGAAGGGACAGGGAACUGAAUCAAGGGCACUGUUUGCCAGGUCAGCUUCAGGCACAUUCAACAUUGCAGACCCAAGAUGGGACAACCAACGGUGGUAUAUGGACAGCGGCAAGACGCUUGACACAAACAUAGCUAAGGCAUGGUCACUGUGCAGAACAGGGAAGAACGUGACAGUGGCUGUCGUCGACGAUGGCGUGCUUUCGACUCACAGAGACCUGAGCGACAAAAUAGAUUUGAGCCUGAGCCUUGACCUCCAGAAAGACCAAUAUGGUAUUUCCGAUCCCAAUUUUGGUGACAGUCACGGCACCAGCGCUGCAGGUAUAAUUGCGGCCGCUGCUAACAGUGUCUGUGGAGUGGGCGUGGCUCCUGAUGCCAGAAUAGCCGGCAUCCGCCUGUACGGAGACUCCCCCACGACAGACCUUAUGGAGGCUAGAGCCCUGGGUGCCUUCGGGAACGAUGUCAGCAUCUACAGCUGCAGCUGGGGUAUGGCCAGAACGGGAUUCGACCUUAAGGAGAUAGGACCGAUGGCUGCGGCGGCCUUAAGAGAUGGCGCGAUCAAGGGACGCAACGGAAAGGGUUCAGUCUAUGUGUUCGCUUCCGGUAAUGGCGGGUCCGGCGGCAAAGACAGCUGCGCAUAUGACGGGUUUGCCAACAGCAUCUACACCAUCCCAGUCAGCGGACUGACGUCACGCGGAGAAAAGUUGACAAAUGGGGAACAGUGUGGGGCCAUGAUGGCGACUGCGUUCUCGCGAGAUUCUACCGAUGACUGGACUUGGGAGAAAAUUAUCGCUCCAGGUACGGGGUACUCAAGUUCUUGUCUGGAUGACUUCGGAGAGUCGUCUGCUGCAGCACCACUUGCCGCGGGCAUCCUUGCCUUGGCUUUGGAAGCUAAUCCCUCACUGACCGCUCGUGAUGUCCAGCACCUGGUAGUGGCCACGGCCAAUAACCAAUUUGGUCGGGAGGACUUGUGGAAUACGAAUGGCGCUGGAGUUAAAGUAAGCAGUGCAUUCGGGUUUGGCUUACUGGACGCAGAAAAGAUGGUGAAGUUUGCCGAGAACUGGAAACAUGUACCGCCUAUGACGAUGUGUAUCCUCAGUAAACGAAACAUCAACACCACUGUCCCCGAUGUCCUGGGUAUGGAAAUCCCAGCUGAUUGUGACGUCAGUUCCGUAGAACACGUGCAGGUUUACGUGCUGGUCAGGUUCACCAAGAGAGGCUACGUCAAAGUGGACCUGGAAUCUCCUUCGGGAACGCGGUCCACAUUGAUACCAGGACGACCAAAUGACCAAUGGUCUCGCUACCUUGAGCUAAACGUCUCAACUGUCCAGUUUUGGGGAGAGCGGUCACAAGGCGCCUGGAAGGUGCACGUGGACAGCUUGUAUCCAGGUCAAGGUCAUUCAGGCGUAUUGUAUGACCUGAAACUAGCCGUUUAUGGUACGUCCAGCCAACCACCACAGCAGUCGCCAUCUGCCGGUAAUUGUCGACAAACUAUUGCAUAUUAUGGUAGAAACGCCUUUGUUCCUGACGUCACUGGCGUGACAAAACCUGGCGAAAUCUCGGUUCCAACAUCGCCCACUGAAGUGCCCGGGGUGACGAAGGGGACACCAGGCCCAGUUCUUCCCUCAAGUUCCCAGACGUUUUCCCCUGCCCGAUCUACGGUCCGCCCAAUUAACAUCUUUUCCGAGUGCAGUUGCCGUAACAUGCAGUUCCCGAUAUACCUCUGGGAAAAAGAGGCCCAAUUUGAAAUAGAUUUUGCUGGGGUAACUUAUGACGUCACGUGCCCCGAUGACGUAUUCGAUGACUGGUCUGCUCAUGCGUGCGUCAUGACGAAGAAGGUGGCUCCCUCUAGCGCUUUGGACGGCAGUAAAUGUGCCUGUGGCUUUAAACAGGGGAUACCGCUUGGGGACGGGGAGGUCAGCGCCACAUGGGAGGUCAAUACCAGGUUUAAGAGCUGGUGGGGGAUCAGACAUAAGAAAACGGUGUGCGUCUCCUGUCCUGUUCGCACGACAACGGACAGACCAACGUACCCCUGCUCUGCCACUCAGUGCUCCUCUCAGGGAACAGGACCCCUCGUGGGUUAA